UUUUUGGUGUACGGCAUGCUGCUCGAGUGAGUGUGAGCACUUGCCAUUUGAGGAGGUCAUUGAAUGGAUGUAGGCUAUGUCUCAACUCGAAACACUUGUCGUGUCAGGUUGGGCCAUUCGCACCCUCAUCAAGCCCCUCACCGAGACGCACAAGGGCGGCCAGCAUGUCCGGGGCGUGCCAAAGUCGCCUACGUCAAGGUGGUGGCGCCCCUCGUUGGGCAGGAGCUAAAACUCAAGGACAAGAACGGCAACCCGGUGCCCCAGCUCACGCACCAGCAGAUGGUCAAGUACCUCAAGAAGAGCCGGGUUGCCGUGCCGCCCACCACACCCGUUGCCCAGUGAGGUGGCAGGGGCACCCACCACUGGAGACGGACAAGGCGGUCGAGCCGCAUGGCUGCGAGGGGGGAGGGAACGAGUGUACAUGGGGCCAUGGAUGGGUGGGUGGAUGGAUGGAUAGAUGCCAUGGGGCAACGUGUUCGUUGGUGUGGCCAUGGAAGAAGAGAGCGCCUCGGUGUUUUUUCGAGUGUGUGUGGUCUGGCUGCCCUGUUGCCAUUUGCCUGGCUGCGCUUGAUUAAGUCAGUGCACAUGAGAGCGUAGAGAGGGAAAGGCGGUGCGUACAUGCAUCCGUACGCAUCGGCAACCACGUGAGUGGGAGAGAGAGAGAGGGGGGGCUUUGAGGGGUCACUGCUGUUUCUACUUCCUCAGAUCGCUGCCUGCAUUUUAUAUUCGUUGGCAGUUUUGUUAAUGAAUCCGCAGUGAGGGAGUGCGCGAGACACGCAGACCAACCAUUGUCUGUCUCUUCACCGACAAACAGACAAA